AUGAAGUUCUUUGCUAUAUUUUACGCAUUCAUUCUUGUUAACAUCUGUCACUGUGGAGAUGAUGACGGUAAAGAUGGUACUCCACCUGGAGCUUCAGGUCAUGGAGAGUUUGUGGCUGGUGACACAUUAACAUUUCUUAUGCCAGUGACCCUAGAUCUUAGUGCUAAAGAGACAGAACACAUUCUAAAGCAGACGAUAUACAUCGGAAGAACUGAAAUUAGCCAUUAUACUAUGCGUGCAGGCGUGCCUAUUGUGCAAGUUGUUGAUGGAGAUAAUACUGUAUGGGUCGGAAGUGUAGACUGUCCAUGCAAGAGUGCAAAAUUAGUCUCAAGAGGCAGUGACUACAAAAGCUUGGUUCUAUUCGUUGGAAGUGGCUAUAAUGCCGAGUACAAGUACUUUGAGAUGGUAGAAAAUACCUGGAGGGAACUUAGUGAAGAAGAGAAGGGAGAACUUCUUGGGAAGAAAGAAGUGAGUAUUCCGCCUGAAGGCGCAAAAACUAAAGACUCAUCUUUCGUCCUAGAUAUUGAGAAUGUAAAUGAUCCAAGGAUUAAAAUGGACACAAUUACAAGGAAUAGAGUGGUUAUAAAGAGCUACAAGGAUAUGGAAGGCUCAAGGAUGGUCUCUGGUUCAAGAAUUACUUCCGUCGUUUCCGGGGCUUUUGUAUUCUGGGAAAAGGGAGAAUUUGAAGUUUUGAGGAGAUGCGAAGAGUACUUGAAGGGUAGAAGGCGUCUGGUUUAUAUACGCGUCAACAGCCUCGGGUUGACAAAGAAAUUCUGCUUCCAAAAAUUUGAAGAUGGCUGGGAGAGGAUUGAGAAGGAUGAGUUCAAAAGAGCUCUUAUUUAUAUGAAAAUGGAGGGAGAUAGGGAAGAAAGGGAUGAAGAAGAUCUUGUCGGUAGAAUGAAAAGGCUAUAG